UAGGAAAAGUUCGGCGAGUGAUGGAGAAAAAGCUACUAGCGGAUCAAACAUCAACGAUACCGAUACCUCUGUGGCCAAAAACAAGAAGAAAGCUAAGGAAAAGCUAAAACAAGAUGAACCAGAAUCUGGAAAACUCAGUAGCCUAGAUAACAAUUCCACUCCACCCAAGAAGAAAAAGUCAGCCAAGAAUGAAGAGGCUGAAGACGGAGCAUCCAGCGAUUCAGAAAGUGAUAUCGUAGAAGCCAAGAAGGAAAAGAAAACUGCCAAGAAAAAGUCUGGCAAAUCCAAGAUAGCUUCAAGCGAAUCCAACGACUCGGAAAGUGAUGUUUCAGAGGUUAAAAAUAAGAAGGGAAAAUCGAAGAAAAGUAAAAAAUCAGCAGAUGAUGAAGAGGCUAGCGAUGACAAUGAUGUUAAGGUUGUCGAAAACGGAAAGAAAAAAGCUAACAAAAGAGGGAAGAAGACAUCCUCGGAUGAUGAUGAUGUGAUAGAUCCGGACGAGUCUGGUGGUUCGGAGAGCGACGUCGCUCCGAAGAAAGGCAAGAAAAACGUCAAAAAGAGACCAAAGCGGAAACUUAUCUCGGAUUCAGAAUCAGAAGUUUCUGAAGGCUCUGCUAGUCCUAUCGUCAUAUCUGAUUCAGAAAGCAGUCCAGAAAAACCCAAGUACGUCAUUGAAAUAUUUUCUAAUUGUCAUCCAUAAGGAAAAGAAUUUUAGUGCAGA